AUGGAAAGGGAGGUGUCCAAGUGCAAUGCGGCCUCGUCCACGCCCAACGUCAAGGGCUCCGACUGGCUGAUUUUAAGACCAGCGAGUGCCCCCAAGCAGCAGACGACGAGCGAGCUGAUAACCCCGAUGUCAGCCAGGGAGCAUGCUGCUUCCAAGAUCCCGGUCAUCACCCCAAAAGCCAACAAGGUGGUUUCGAGAGCUUCGAACGAAUGGGCUGGCCACGGAAUCAGGUUCAACGAGUUUGUCAACGACACAUCGUUGACCCCGGUCAACGUCUUUGGCAGAGCCGCUACUGCUGGGUCUGCCACGACGGCGGCCACAGUGGGGACUAAAUUGAAUUCCAACGAGCUGAGAGAGGACGACUCUGUUUCGUGUAUCACCAACUCGUCAACUUCGACACCGUGCAACCCCAAGAAACGCAAACUGGAAUCGGAGCCGCUGCCGUUUUUUUCGUACAAGAGACCAGAGUACGGAUUACAAGAGAGCUCGAUGUGCAAAAGAAUGCGCGACCCUGAGAUGGCAGCAUGGAUCAACGAGUCGCUAGAGACGAUCCAGGAUUACGAGAAAAUCGUGGAGAAAGUGAUCAGUCUGAGAAACAAGUUCAACAAACUGCUCUCGCCAGAAACAGAGCUUUGA